AUGUCAUCCGUACCCUUUUUCACCCUCAAUAAUGGCGUGAAGAUGCCUGCCAUCGGAUUGGGUGGAUGGGGCGGCGAAACACCUCAUGAACAGGAGGCAGCGAGAGCGUGGUUUUUGACGGCCUUACAGUCUGGAUACAGGCAUGUCGACGUUGCGCAAAUUUACGGUACUGAGGAGUCGCUCGGGAAGGCCGCGAGGGAGUCAGGCAUCCCCCGUGAAGAACUCUUCAUUACGACUAAGCUCCCGUCAGGCCAUCAUUCGCGCGUCGCCGAAUCCUUCCAGGAGUCUUUGGAUAACCUCGGCCUCGACUAUAUCGACCUGUACCUCGUCCAUUUUCCGUUCCCGUUUGCGUACGAAAAGGGCGUCGCGUUUCCCAAGAACCCCGACGGGUCAUUCAAAGUCCUCGAUUCGCCCUCGUUCGUCCACGUCUGGGCCGACGUCGAGAAGCUGCUAGACACCGGAAAGGUGCGAGCCAUUGGCGUCAGCAAUUUCUCCGUCAAGAACCUGGACAUCCUCCUCAAGUCCGCAAAGGUCAUCCCAGCCGUCAAUCAAGUGGAGCUACAUCCGUACCUCGCGCAGCCCGACCUAGUCGAAUACUGCAGGAACAAGGGUAUCGUGGUCACCGCCUACACCCCGACCGGUUAUCAGAACGUUCUCACUAACCCCACCAUCACGGACUUGGCGGACAAGUACGGCGUCAGCCCCGCGCAGAUCGUACUGGCGUGGCACGUCGCGCGCGGUGUCGGUGCGGUGCCGAAGAGCAGCAACGAGGAACGGCAGAAGCAGAACAUCACCCUGCCGACGCUGGCGAAGGCGGACGUCGCGAAGAUCACGGCGCUGGACAGGGGGGAGCGGAUCUUUGGCACGCUGGACGAGAACGGCACCUUUCUUGGCGUGACGCCCGAGCAGCUCGGGUGGUGA